ACGGUAAUCAGCCAAGGAACAUCCCUUGAGAAAAAGGGGCUCACGGGGAAUUACCACCCGCAUCUCGAGAUCCGAUCGAAGUGCCAUCACCCGGAUUAAGUGGCCGCUAUUUUUAAGCAGAACAGAACAGAAGUCGAUCCCCGACGAGGCGCUGUGUGCUUUUUUUGUUCUAGUCACUCUCAACUCAAGAUUUGCGCCACACGCGAGGGUGUUUCGAAAUUCGUCUGUAAACUGUAAUCGGUGCAGUGCUCCGGGAAAGCUGGAAUUCACUUUCACGUGCAGCAGCUCAACAAUAACUACCUGCUGUUGACUUGCUGGCUUGUAAAGAACGCGGGAUUAUCUGCGGACCACAAUUCAGUUCGGUGCUUACGCCUAGUGGCAGUGUUUCGUCGCUCAAGUGCCAAGUGGUUCUGCAAACGGGAUUGCGAUAACGUGAUUAUAGACGUGUUGUGCAUCCAGUCACCGGAUAGGUGUCAAUUUGUGAUUCGCGUUUCAGGGUUCAGAACAAGUGGUAGAACGCGGAAAUUUUCCCCAACCGAAAGUUGCGUUCUGGAACACAGUCAGUAGUGGAACGUAGAAAGUGUAGACAGCUGGUCGUGAUCCGGGAUUGUUCCUUGGCCUAAAAACGAGGGGAGAACGACUUUUAAGUGAUAAGUUACUGAUAGUACAAAGAAGGAUACACAUCAGAAAACACAAAAUGAAGCGGUUCUGUUCGAAGGAUCUAGUUGCAGUGAUAGUGAUUACGGUUUUGGUGCUUUCGGAAGCUUCCGGUCACAGGUUCGGUUACAGCAAACCCGACCAAAGGCGAUGGUCCAAGGCACACGAAAGCUGUGCAGGAAAGCACCAAUCACCGAUUGCCAUCAGCAGUAGUAAGGCAAUUCCGCUAAACAUGCCCGCCAUCGAGUUGGUCGGUUACAACAAUUUGCUACCGGGACCGAUCACUCUGCACAACAAUGGCCACUCGGUGUCUCUCGGAAUACCGAAAACCGAUCCGGCCAAGGGAAAACAUCCGUACAUCUUCGGCGGCAAGUUGCAGAACGAGUAUGAGCUGGAGGGCCUCCAUUUCCACUGGGGGGACAAAAACAACCGAGGCUCGGAGCAUGUUCUAAAUGAUAUCAGAUACCCACUCGAAAUGCACAUCAUUCACCGAAAUAAAAAGUACAAAAAUGUCGCCGAAGCUUUGGGAUAUUCGGAUGGUUUGACCGUACUUGGAUUCUUCUAUCAGGUCACGGAACACGAGGGCAACGAGAUCGGAUACCUGUUGCGAUCCUUCCCGGCAAUCGAAGACUACGACAACCAGGUGCACUUGAACUAUACCUUCACACUCAAUUCACUCCUCGGAGAUCUGGACCUGACCCGGUUCUACACCUACAAGGGCUCGCUGACGACACCACCCUGCUCCGAGGCUGUCACCUGGGUCGUCUUCCCGGAUCUGCUGAACAUUUCCAUCUCCCAGAUCCGUCGUUUCCGUGUGCUGGACACCGGUAUGCAUGGCUCGCCGAUGGUGGACAAUUAUCGGGCGCUGCAGCCCCUCGGCAAUCGACGCAUUUUUGUCCGGAAGGUUAAUGCACGCAACACGGCACUGGACGUGGUGCGGAACGAGAUCGACCACACCAAGUGGGACUGGGUGUACUGAGAAGACCUCGGCCGACCACUCGAGAGAGAGAGAGAUGAUGGGCUGUCAACUCGCAGAUCACGGAAACUCAAGCCGUUGGCGGCAAACAGGAAGUCAUCUGAUUUGAUUGCAAGCAGGAGGAGGAGGAGUAGGGUUGCACAAACGAUUACCAAAAGAUAAUUGAGCGGGUGCGAUCGUAAAUGCGCGUGUAGGAACUCUUUUUAUUUGUGAAUAUCUUCAUCGUUCAACUGUUCAUUUGCUUCAGAAAUUUACACUCAAUUACAAGAAAAUCUAAUGCAGGAUUAUACCCCGUUCGGGUUAAGACCAACAAUUGGAGAAACAUGCAUAAUUCAUAACAAUAAUGUGUUCUACUAAUGGUUCUAAGAAUGUCGAUUAAGCUUAAGUUAUUAACUGAAUCUAAUUAGAAGUAAUUAAAGUAUAAAUAAUUUAAAUAUGGUUGAAUAACCAAUUCAAUAAACUUCAAAAAGUCUAGCCAACGGGCUUAUAUAUAGUUAAGUGCAAUCGAGAAGGCGAAUCACAUAUGAAAUUUAUAGGUAAAUAUCGAAUCAUAUGUACUGGA